AUGGCGACGCAAAUACCUCCCUCAAGCAAUACAAGUGCGCAGAGUCUCUGGGACCAAGCAUACAACUCCCUCGGCGCAGAUCUCAAGACAUCACUCGGCCAGGCUGCAACGCAUAAGCGCGACAUUCUAGCCGCCGCCCUGGAAGCGGCGGAGACCCGUAAAACUACUAGUCUCCGCAGACGCUGGAAGUUCAAGCGGUCGAACGGAGAAGUCGUGAUUGUCCGAGAUGUUCUUGAAAAGAUUGCCAAAUGGAUCGAUUCCUUCAAAGCGGUUGGCGAUGCGGCCGUGCAGUUUGAUGCCAGCAACGCUUCGCUGCCCUGGGCCGCCGUCAGGCUGCUUCUUCAAGUGACAGUCAACGAUGUCCAGCAGUACGGAACCAUGGUUCAGGAUCUUGAAGUGGCGUCUCGGAUCAUUGCACGAUACAAAGAGUUUGAGAAUCUGCAUCUAGGCCGAGAUGAACUCGCUCAGCCUGCGCUUGGAACAGCCCUCACAGUUCUAUAUACAGAAGUCUUGACAUAUCUGGCACAAACUAUUGCCUUUUUCUCACAAUCAACUGCAGGCAUGUUUAUAACCCCAUUGAGAAAGACAUUUACUGACCCGAGCAGUCCGACUCGCCAAGAGUACGAGGUUCUCAAACUAGCCAAGCUUCAGGAUACUUCAGAUUUGCGCUUUAUCCAGAAGACAGUUCUCCGCCUCAGAGAUCAAAUCAACAGCAACACCAAGCGUAUUGAAGAGGACGAGUAUACAAAGAUGAUAUCCUGGAUGUCCACGUCGCCAUUCUCAAUCCAUCACGAGACCAUGUCCGAUUCAAGAACGCUAAACUUCGGCCAGUGGCUUCUGAAACAUGAGGCUUACAGAAACUGGUGUGAGUCUAGCUCUUCAUCACCACUCUGGAUCCAUGGAAUCACGGGUUCAGGCAAGACCAAUCUUUUCUCUGUAAUAGUCGAUUCAUUGCGGGCAACCUGGGCUUCACAGCCAGAAUCGACACCCUUCGCAUAUUUCUACUGCCUCAAAAGCGAGUCAGAACCGGAGAGAUCGUCAGCGGACGGAAUCCUCCGUAGCAUUCUGCGUCAACUCGCGAUUGCAGAAAUCCAAAGUGAUGUUCGCGACUUUUUCUACUCCGACUUCCAGCGCCGCUCCAGAUCAGCUCUCCUCCAGGGACUGGACCUUCCGAAAUUGAGUACGAAAGAGUGCGUGGAUCGUAUCGUCCAAGUCGCCAAUGAAGACCCCAUCACAGUAUUGCUCGAUGGUGUUGAGCAGGUUGAGGAUGAGAGUUGCGAUAUUCUCUUGCAGUGUUUAUCUGACAUCAUUUCAAGGGCUGAGAACGUCGUCAAGGUGUUAAUCACAAGCAGGAAUAGCCUCGAUAUCCUCUCGUCGCUACCGACUGCCAAGGAGAUAAUUGUGACGGCCGACCUUGUCCAUGAAGACAUGACUCAGUUCAUUACUCAGAAGAUUGACGACACCAAACUAAUCAGUGGAAGGCUCUCGCCGGACAAAAGAAGCUGCUUGGCAAAGGAGCUGCUGGAGGGUGCAGGCGAAAUGUUCCUAUGGAUCCACCGACAAAUACAGCAGCUUCGCAAAGUCAAGAACGAACAUGAUCUGCUUCCGGCUCUCCGGUCCAACAUUCUAUCUGAUCUCGACACGCUGUACGAAAACGACCUCGGGCAGAUCUUACAAUCAGGAGACACGUCACGACAACUCGCCAUUCAGACCUUCUCCUGGCUGCUCUACAUGAAGUCGCCAUUGACUCCUGAGGCAUUGCUGGCCGCUGUCUCUGAAACAAGCAUAAGGGAUGUCCCUUACACAGCGGCGGACAUCUCUGCUGUGUGCUCGAACUUGGUGGUCAUAGACCUCCGUCGCCAAGUUGUCCGACUUGCCCAUCAUUCAGUCAGAGAAUUUAUCCUCCGUACUAAACAGUCUUUGUUCUCUGCUCCCGUAGCUCACAGUUUGCUGGCAUCGACCUGCAUAAAGGUCAGCGCGCGGGGUCCGCCUGAUAGUGGAAGCCUGGAACAACAGGUUGGAGGCUUCUUCUUCUAUUCCGCGACGCACUGGGCAGGCCAUUUUGAGAGUUCAAGAGUUAUCAAGAAGGAGGAGAAGCUAUUUCAAGACAUGAUCUCAUUUGUCUUUGAGGAUGAUGACUAUGAUGUCAGCCUUUCCUUCGAAGCCUGGCUAGAUACUGCGAAGGAGAUUGCACGGCUGCUGCCGAGGGAUCACCCAAUGAAGCCGGCUCUUGAUGCCAUACCAAACGAAACAUCGUCUCCUCUCUUCUUAGCAGCUGUCUUUGGUAUAGACGGCCUGUUGACUCUUAUUGCAGAGUCGGAGAGUGAUAUAGACUGGGACCAACGAAAUGGCCUUGGGCACACCGCACUCUACCUCGCCGCUGCUACAGGUCAUCUCUCCACUGUGAUGGCUCUGAUUGAGAAAGGUGCAAAGCAGGACGUCGAAUGUGGUACAUAUGGAAGUCCGUUGCAUGUUGCGUGUUUCAGGGGAUAUCAAGACAUUGUAGAGAUGCUGCUUCAACACGGUACAUCUCCAAAAUGUGGUUCUAAGUUUCAGAGCGCCAUCCAAGCCGCAUCUCAAGGAGGGCAUGAAGAUAUUGUGCUCUCUCUUAUUAGGCACGAUAUUAUAAACUCCCAGGAUGACUACGAGCAAGCCAUUCAGAUGGCAACACAGUAUGGCUUCAUCAAGGUCAUCGACCAGCUUCUGAAGCCAGAGUUCAAGCACUUUGUAGACAAAGACACACCAGACAAACACAAAAUGAGAUUAGCCAAGGCUAUCAAAGCCGGUCAGAUAUUUGUGCUACAGCGUCAGAUUUCCAAAGUAUCACCGGGAGCGGCAGACACUUUCCCAAAAGACGCGGUUGCAAUCGCCGCUCUUUAUGGCCAUACAGAUAUGGUCAAGUAUCUCCUGGAACAAGGUCUUGAAAUUGAAGCCAAAGGUCAGUUCGGCACGCCACUCCGUUCAGCUUGCUUGAUGAAUCACAGGUCCACGGUCGAAGAGCUACUCAAGCGCGGUGCCAAAAUCAACACAGAAGAACGGAAAGGCAAUGCCCUUUACGUUGCCGCUGCAAAAGGCCACGUAGAUAUCGUCAGGAUACUACUGGACGAAGAUGCAGAUCUUCACCAGAAAACGGGAUCUUGUGGCACUGCGUUGCAUGCGGCCGCAUACCACGGCCACAGAAAGGUUGUCGAGAUGCUUCUUGACGCUGGCGCAAAUGUUCAUGCCGAGGGUUCAUCUCCAGACGCGUUCCAUGCCGCUGCUGAAGGUGGUCAUCAGAACAUCAUCAUGCUAUUCUUGGAACGAGGCUACCGGUUCCUUUACGAGCCACCGAGUCCUAAGUAUAAGAGAGCUCAACCCUCAUCAUACAGGCCGCUUUAUCGGGAGGUUUCUCCAGGACGAGAUAAACAUCCUCGCUCUAAAUUGUGGCCACACCUUUGGAAACGGACAGCUAGAACGCCCGAACCUGGGUCUCGCACAGAUGCCCGUGACAAUAUCACUCGAGUCGAGACUGACGAUGAAAUGGAGAUGAUCGCUAUUGAUCAAAGGAGUUCUCUCCAUGACGAUGAAAAUAGGCAGGACGGAUAUCGGAAGAACCGUCCCCUUACAGCUAGUGCUGCAAGAGGAAGGGAUGCAGUUCUCGUGAUACUACUGAGGCAAAAAGAAACUCUGGGAUUUAUGGACUACGAAGUUGAUGCUGCUCUCAAAGCAGCUGCCUCGAACGGCCACUUGAAUACUGUUAGGAUAUUGCUCGACCACGCAUUGAAGAUGAAGGGUCCGUUUAUUCAACGCAUCUACUCGACCUUGGAGAACAUACCAGAGGGCCGUCAUGAUAUCUUGCAACUUACUCUUGCUAAGGCCCUUGAGAGUGGCUGUACAGAAGAACAGAUUGACCAGCUGAGGCUCAAACUUCCACCAGGAAAAGAGCGGUACAAAGUCGCCGUCAUCGAGCAACAAGUUCUGACAGCAGACCUUCUGGAAUGCUGCACCUCCGGAAAUGUAGCUGCUUUGGAAGCUAUCAUGAAUUGUAAACACCAGCAACUACUGCAAGCCAACGAGCUCCUGGAAGGCCUACAGAAGGCUGCAGAGAGGGGCCAUAUCUCGGUAAUCAGGAGCUUGUUUAAGCUUAGUUCUCACCUACAACGCGCUGACAUUCCUGACGACACACUGAUAAGCGCUGCCGGAAAGGAUCUUGAGAUAUUGAAGUUUCUCCUCUCUCAAAAAGUCGAUGUCUCUGAAUCCGAAUUCCUUCUGAGCCGAUUGAUCUAUACGGCUUGUCGCAAGGGACAGCCUGACAUUAUCGAAUAUCUCAUAUCCAACUUCGGUAUCGAUGUCAACACCAACAUUCCUGAAGACGAGAAACCCAGGCGCUUUAGACGUAUGAGGCAGUCUGCCGACCCUCGCCUUACGAGUGCCCAUAUAACUACCACUGAUGGAGCAGAUGGCUCGACACCGACCAACGACAGUCGUCUUGUCAGUCUUUUACAAGUCAGCCUGGGCGCUUUUGACACUUAUGAGAUUCCUUACUAUGCGAGGUGGUAUAGAGAUAAAACAAUGCCUCAACAGCAGAAAACCAUCCAAACACUACUGAGACUAGGUGCCGAUCCGAACAGUCUAGGUGGAAAGGAUGUUUAUCCUCUCCCAUAUGCAGCGAGAAUCUGCCCAGGUGUCGUCGUAAAGGAGUUGCUUGAAGCUGGAGCAGAUGUCAAACUUGCAGGUCAAGGAGACUUAGCUCUUUUGGGAGCAGUCCAGAGAGAAAUGGAAGCCAUGGCGGUUAUGAACAGGCUAUUGGACAACGGCCACCCUCUUCCCGACUAUUUUGAUAGAGGCAAGGCGCUUCUAGACAAAGUCCUCAAAUUCUUUGAAGGCGAUAGAGGGCGGCAGACAUUCCACAGUAUUAUCGAUGACCCAGACGGCCGCUUUGAACAGGCCCCGUCUUUGGAGUACAUCUUUGAACAAGGGCCAGGGGCGGUACUCGAGUUCCUUUUACAGAAGUAUGAUACAGGCAAGCUGGAAGACACAAGAUAUGGGCUAGUUCUCCAGAUGGCCUGCGCAAUGGGCAGAGCUCCUCUUGUCGAGUUGCUCUUAUCUCGGGGAGUCGGCGUGGACGCUACGGGAUACUACUAUGGAAGUUCUCUACAGGCCGCGGCACGUACUGGCCAGCUACAGAUCGCCAAGAAACUACUAGACAAGGGAGCAAACCCAAAUGUGAUACAGGGCCGUUGGCACACAUCCCUACACGCAGCGAUUGUUGGUGGCUAUCUCGAAAUCGUGCAGCUUCUGCUUCAACAUGGCGCAGAUCCUAAGUUGCAAUUCAGAAUUGAACGACAGUCACACAGCGAAAGAGGGUCAGCAUCAUCGAGCACACUUCAGUUUGCUCUCCAAGAGGGACAUACGGAAAUCGCAAGACUACUCCUUGAUACAGACCCAUCACUAGUCCAAGAAGAGGGUCGCCUCCAACAUCCUCUUAUCAUAAGCUGUCAAAAAGGAUACGACGCCAUGACAGAGCUGUUACUAGAAGCCAAUGCUCCAUUCAAUGUACGAGGCCACAAAGAAGCUAAUGUGGCAAGUAUGGAGGUUCAAGAUGCGAGUCCUUUGCAUGCUGCUAUUUCUGGAGGUCAUGUCAACGUCGUCAAAGCGCUUUUGUUGAGGGGCGCUGAUGCCAACCUAGAAGUUGACGACUGUGACUGCCAAACACCAUUGUUGGCAGCGAUCCAAAGAGGGGAUUUGCGUAUAAUAAGAGUCCUUCUUGACUCUGGCGCAAAGCUCCACAGUUACAGUCUUCAGAGAGCCUGCAGAAGUGGAGAUCUUGCUAUUGUUGAGGCACUUCUUGAACAGUUGUUCAAUGACGGGGAGGGCCCAUUUGAGAUCAUUGACGAAACUUUGGAUUCACUGACAAUGGAAAAGUUUACUGACUACAGAACUCUCAACCUUGUCCUUGACUAUGUACCUCCAACUCCGAAAAGAUUUCUGUUGGUGUGUUCCUCAGGCUCUGUUCCCCUGGUACGAAGAAUGAUUCAACAAGGCAUCAGUGUCGAUGGCAGCGAUGAAGAGGAAGAUAGUCCCUUGCAGGUAGCUUGCUACUACUUGAACUUUGAAGUGGUGCGGUUACUGUUACAACGAGGCGCGAACGUCCGAUCAAGAUCAUCUCAGCCAGGAGACCCAAUUACUCUGGCACUAUGGGCUUGCGCUUUACCCUUGCAGCAGCAAUUGGAGCAACGAGGGACAAGACAUCAGAAAUAUCGUGCAGAAAGUGCCGACUACCGAUCGAUACAGAGAUGUACCAGCAUCGUUCGAAUUUUACUUGAAUGCGGCGCCACUGCUGAUGGUGGAACGCAUGAAAUGGAGAGUCCACUUCAGCUGGCUUCUUUUAUUGGCAACUUGGAAAUCUUUAAGCUUUUGAUCAAACACGGAGCCAGCGUAGAUAAAAUCACGGGAAGCUUCAUGACUCCCCUUUUCUCAGCUUUACAAGGGAACAAUAGUGAAAUCAUAUCACUGAUUCUGGAAAAGGGGGUCGACGUCAACUACGUUCAUCCAAUUCAUGGUUCGGCAUUGCACUUGGCCUGCCAGUACAAUGACGAGCCAGUUGUUUUCCAAUUACUUCAACAUGGUGCCUCACCCGAUUUGAAAGACGCAAACGGAGUCACAGCUCUUACGUUGGCCCUCGAGUCUGCAGCCUCUUAUUAUGGUGCAAGCCAGAAUAUAUCCCGACUCAUUUGUCGACACUCGACAACGCUCGACAUCACGGAUAGCGACAUCAUAGCUGCAGCUCGGGUAGAGCCCAGCGACUUGCUGUCUUUUCUCCUUGACAGGAGAGGAGAAGAGCCAGUGACAGAAGAUCUCGUCAUUCGUUUCCUCAGAGAAGAGAGACGACCAAUCCAGGAAAACCUGGAGGUUCUGUUCGAUCGUAGUCAGGGACUGGAAAUAACUCCAAAGAUGCUGAAUGUUGGGCUCUCUGAACAGGCUUUCGGAAGUUUAAUACAGGCUCGCCAGCUUUCAGUGGACAUCACUCCUGACAUACUCGAGUCUCAAACAGAUCUCGGGACCCUGAAAGCACUCAUAGGGUACCAGCCCGACGUCGAAGUAACGGAGGGUCUUGUGAUUAAAAUACUGUCAAUUGUCCCGCGUUACAGCAGAUGGUGGCAAAGGGAAGAGAGUACCGAGCUUCUCUUGUCACUAUGGCAUCGAGACUUGCCAUUAUCAGUGACUAACGCCAUGCUGAAAGCAGCAAAGUCAUUGCCCCACCUGGAGUUCUUACUCGAGCGCCUUGGUUCGGCCCAAGGACAGUUACAAGAUGUCGCGGUAUGGAUUUGCGAACAGGGCACUGAUUAUUCCGGCACGCGAGACAACAUGUUAGCACUGGUCCUGAAGGUUGACCCAAAAGUUGACCUCUCACUUUGUCACCUUGAGAAGAUAAUGGUUGGUGCCAAGCCUUUGAUGUUAGAUAUGGUCUUGACGCAUACGCCUUCCCUUCCAAUCACAGAGAAGUUAUUUCUCAGUAUCUUCAGAGAGUCUCCAGACGCCCUAGAGUACACGCGCAAAGGGUUUGCGGAAGUACUUAUAAGACACAAGAAGAAAUUUGUUUUCACGGAGAAGAUUCGCGAAGCUAUUGAUAUAGCGUAUCAAAAGCAUUCUGACAAGGACAAGAGAGACACAUGGUACAGUUUGAGGGAAAGGGAUGAAACUCGGGAGGAAGCUGAGGCCAGGCAGGCAGAGGAGAAUGAUGAAAACAAGAACGGCGAUCGCGGCCACCCACGAGACAAUAUGGGUAAGUGA